UGUAAAGCUAAUGAACUGGACGACUCACUGAAAAACACGUCAAGAUUAUGCCUGCAUUCCCUCUGGGUUACGCUGAACACGAGUGUGUGCCCGGAUCCUGGCGGCGGCUGUGAAAUCCACCCUCCACCUACCCCACCCUCAACGUUCAAAACUGGCGAUGUCCAGGGUACCGAGUCCGCCCCCUCCUGCAGAAAUGACCAGCGGCCCUGUGGCCGAAAGCUGGUGUUACACACAGAUCAAAGUGGUUAAGUUCUCCUAUAUGUGGACUAUCAACAACUUCAGCUUCUGCCGGGAGGAGAUGGGCGAGGUCAUCAAAAGCUCCACCUUCUCCUCGGGGGCCAAUGACAAGCUUAAAUGGUGUUUGCGAGUGAAUCCAAAAGGUCUGGAUGAAGAGAGUAAAGAUUAUCUGUCGCUCUAUCUGCUCCUGGUCAGCUGUCCUAAGAGUGAGGUUCGGGCGAAGUUCAAGUUCUCCAUCCUUAACGCUAAGGGCGAGGAAACCAAAGCUAUGGAGAGCCAGCGGGCGUAUCGCUUCGUACAAGGAAAAGACUGGGGGUUCAAGAAGUUCAUAAGGCGAGACUUCCUCCUGGAUGAGGCCAACGGACUGCUGCCUGAUGACAAAUUGACACUCUUCUGUGAGGUGAGUGUGGUGCAGGACUCUGUGAACAUCUCGGGUCAGAACACCAUGAACAUGGUGAAGGUUCCUGACUGCCGGCUGGCAGAUGAACUGGGUGGACUGUGGGAACAUUCCAGAUUCACGGACUGCUCACUGUGUGUCGCCGGGCAGGAGUUCCAGGCACACAAAGCCAUACUGGCAGCACGUUCCCCAGUAUUCAGCGCUAUGUUUGAACAUGAGAUGGAGGAGAGUAAAAAGAACCGAGUUGAGAUAAACGACGUGGAGGCUGAGGUCUUUAAAGAGAUGAUGUUCUUCAUCUACACUGGCAAAGCACCCAACCUGGACAAGAUGGCUGAUGACCUGCUCGCUGCUGCUGACAAGUAUGCUCUGGAGCGACUGAAGGUGAUGUGUGAAGAUGCUUUGUGCACCAGUCUGUCUGUGGAAAACGCAGCAGAGAUUCUGAUCUUGGCCGACCUGCACAGCGCUGACCAGCUCAAGACGCAGGCUGUCGACUUCAUCAACUACAGCUUUAUUGGAUGGUGUAAUUUUGAGUUCAUUUCGUGGAUGGCAGUAACUUGGCUGGUGUGAAACUGGACUGUGGCCAUCUCAUUUCAGCUCUCUCUCUCCCCAUCUCUAUACAAAACACCCACCGCCACAACAACAGCGGAGACAGGGGAGAUCAAUAACAAGGGCAACACAGAAAAUAAACAUGCACACCAGCACCCCCUCCCAAAAUGAUUCGUCCUCUCUGCCCUUCUUUUCCUGCAUUCAUGUUUGCUGCUUAUGUUAUUGGUUUAUGUGCUCGUCUUUCUCUUCUCAAAUGGUUUUAUUGCCGCACGUAGGAGUCUAGUGUCAGAGUGCAGCAGUUUUCCCACAGCGCCAGACUCUGUCCAGUCAUCACAGGACAAUGACUGCCAGCGGGAGCAUCCCCACUGCUCAGAAAAAAAGAAAGGGAAAUUUCGCAAAUUAAUAAAGUCAAAACAAUACAAUGAAAAUAGAGAAGUUUUCUGUUGAGUUGUCCUUGCUUUUUGAACACUGCAACAAACAUACAGCAUGGCCAUUGUAGUCAGAUUCAAGAACGAACGACUCCUACCAUAUUUUUCAGUUCCACAUACAAAUGAGUCACUUUUUAAUUUAAAUAAAAGCAUGUCCAAC